CCAUUUUUUUACUUUUUUUUUUAACUCUCUUUUACAUAAACAAAUAUGCCUUUCCGUUGUAAGUGUGGUAGAACCUUUGAAAAGACCGACUCUUUUGCUUCUCAUACAUCUGCUUGUGCUCCCUUCCAUCAUCGACGUAUGUCAGAUACGACGCAGAUGUCUACUGCUGCUGCUGCUGCCGCUGGUGGUGGUGGUAGUGGUGGAUCACAGCCGUUUAUCAACACCUCCUUUCGAUUCUUGUCAUCUUCAUCACAGGCCAGUUCUCCCACCGACUCUGUCAUGAUGGACAGUGAUUUAUCUAGCUCUGUACCUACGAAUAAUGGGUUUUUUAUGCCCACUGCGCUAUCACUUCAAAAUGCUUUUGAAGGUGCUAGAAGAAGAUCCAUGUCGUACGGCUCCUCAUUUAAAUAACCCUUUAUUUUUGCAUCUCUCUCAUAAAUACCCCCCAUAUCCGCUCUCCUUCUGUAAGUAACUGUUGUAUAUGAUUUUUUUUUCUUCUAUCAAAAUAAAUAUAUAUAUAUUUAAAAUUA